AUUACAUCCAACAACCACUGUUCACCGUUGUUCUUUCUUCCUGACCAAUCAACGCCUCCGCCCCCUUUCCUCCUCCCAUUUCCGCCCAAUUCUUCCGUUCCACAACCUUUUCCCCUCGAUUCUUCAAGCCUCUGCUGAAUUUCAUCUCCUCGCUUCCAAUCCUGACUGGGUUGCCGGCCGAUGAGAUGGCCGUGAACCUCCCGGAUUCCUGCUCGAGGUCCAUCAACGAGACGGUGAAUGGGUCCCACAAGUUCACCAUCCGGGGUUACUCUCUGGCCAAGGGCAUGGGCAUCGGAAAGUACAUAUCCAGCGACACUUUCUCCGUCGGCGGGUACGAUUGGGCCAUCUACUUUUACCCCGACGGCAAGAACGCCGAGGAUUCUUCCGUCUACGUCUCCGUAUUCAUCGCGCUUGCCAGCGAAGGCACCGACGUCAGGGCUCUGUUUGAGCUCACGCUGAUGGACCAGAGCGGGAAAAGAAGACACAAAGUUCAUUCCCAUUUCGAUCGGUCUCUUGAGAGCGGGCCGUAUACUCUGAAAUACAAAGGAAGCAUGUGGUUUUUACAUCUCCAGCUUGGCAAGUCAUCUCCAAUUUGUUCUAGGGGGUACAAGAAAUUUUUCAAGCGUGCAAAUUUAGAAGCCUCUGAUUAUCUUAAGGACGAUUGCCUAUCAAUGCAUUGUACAGUAGGAGUUGUCAGGACUCGGGUUGAAGGGCCAAAACAAUUUAGCAUUUCUGUUCCUGCCUCAGACAUGGGCCAAAGUCUCAAGUACUUGCUAGAUUCAGAAGUUGGUUGUGAUAUAGUUUUCCACAUCGGAGAUGAGACAUUUAAGGCUCACAAGCUAAUCCUUGCUGCUCGUUCUCCUGUCUUCAAAGCCCAGUUUUUUGGUCUUGUUGGGAAUCCUAAUACAGAGAAAGUAGAACUUGAAGAUAUAGAACCAUCAGUAUUUAAGGCUAUGCUUGAAUUUGUUUACUCCGAUCAGCUUCCUAAUAUACAUGAAAUUACCGGCUCACCAUCAACAUGCACUUCAACAAUCAUGAUGCAACAUUUAUUGGCUGCAGCUGACCGGUUUGGUCUAGAUAGAUUGAAACAACUAUGUGAGGCAAAACUAUGCGAAGGGGUGAAUGCGGAUACGGUGGCAACAACUCUUUCACUAGCUGAUCAACACAGAUGCCUCCAGCUAAAAGCCAUAUGUUUGAAGUUCGCAGCUACAAACUUAGGAGUUGUUAUGCAGUCUGAAGGGUUCAAGCACAUGGAGGAGAGCUGCCCGUCACUGCUGCCCGAGCUCUUGGAAGCCGUUGCAACCAUUGACGAAAAGGCAAGUCUUCCCUCUUCCAAGAAGAGGAGCAGCAGCAGCAUCUUUGGGGUAGACUUAUUAUCAGUACCCGACGGUGGUGGUGGUGGUGGUGGUGCUGCACCCAAUUCUUUUCUUGAUCAUCAUAAUAACAUCAUGAUGAGGUGUUUGAGGAGGAGAAUGUGAAACAAACCAAAAAAAAACCCCAAAAAAAUAAGACAGCCUUUAUGAUCUCUGGCUUUGCUGCUGUGUGAACACACUUUGCUAUUGAGACUUGAACAUGUUGUCUGUGCAUGUGGUUGGUUAGGACAACCCGUCAUCCGAACAAGAUUACUCCAUGUUGAAGCAACUUGUACAUUCUUCAUGACAAUGCAGGCGGUGGGGCUGGUUGGAAUCAAUUCGGGCUGCCCGA